AUGAGCAACCAGUCUUCAAAGAGGUAUGCAGUUGUGACAGGGGCAAAUAAAGGAAUAGGGUUUGAGCUAUGUAGGCAGUUGGCAUGUAAAGGAGUCAUGGUGGUUUUGACUGCCAGAGAUGAGAAGAGAGGCAAUGAAGCUCUAGAAAAGCUCAAAGGCUUUGGUCUCUCUGAAAAUGUUGUGUUUCAUCAACUUGAUGUAAUGGAUCAAACUAGUAUUGCUUCCCUUGCCCAUUUCAUCAAAAACACUUAUGGGAAGCUUGAUAUUUUGGUGAACAAUGCAGGUAUUUCUGGAAUAAGUGUAGAGGGAGAUGUCUUAGCUUUUAAAGAGAUAAUUGAGGCAGUUGGUGAACCCAAGCAUAUCACAGCAAACGGAAGACUUGUCCAGACAUAUGAAUGGACAGAACAAUGUUUACAAACUAACUAUUAUGAUACACCAGUGAUCGUGAAUGUGUCUUCUCUCAUCGGGCAAUUGAAGUUUCAGUCCAACGAAUGGGCAAAACAAGUGCUAAGCAAUGCAGAAGAACUCACAGAAGAUAAAGUGGAUAAUGUGCUCAACAAGUUUCUUCAAGACUUCAAAGAAAACUCAUUGAAAGUCAAUGGCUGGCCGGAACAUUUAUCUGCAUACAGAUUGUCGAAGUCUGCCAUUAUUGCCUAUACAAGGAUUAUGGCCAAGAAACACCCUAAUUUCUACAUCAACUGCGUGUGUCCUGGAUAUGUGAAAACUGAUAUAAAUGCCAAUACUGGUCCAUUGACUGUUGAAGAAGGUGCAGAUAGUCUGUUGAAGCUGGCACUGCUGGCAGAUUGGGGGGCUGCGCCCCCGUCCGUUUCGCAAUCAACAACAUUCAGAAUAGGCACCUUGGCAGUUGUGAUUGGAAGAACACCAGUUGAGCCAAACUUAAACAAUCAAGUGUUGUCCGACACACCGGUGAUCGUGAAUGUGUCUUCUCUCAUGGGGCAAUUGACGUUUCAGACUAAUGAAUGGGCAAAACAAGUGCUAAGUAAUGCAGAAGAACUCACAGAAGAUAAAGUGGAUAAUGUGCUCAACAAGUUUCUUCAAGACUUCAAAGAAAACUCAUUGAAAGUCAAUGGCUGGCCGGAACAUUUACCUGCAUACAGAUUGUCGAAGUCUGCCAUUAAUGCCUAUACAAGGAUUAUGGCCAAGAAAUACCCUGAUUUCUACAUCAACUGCGUGUGUCCUGGAUAUGUGAAAACUGAUAUAAAUAUCAAUACUGGUCCAUUGACUGUUGAAGAAGGUGCGGAUAGUCUAUUGAAGCUGGCACUGCUGCCGGAUGGGGGGGCCACGCCCCCAUCCGGACUGUUCUUUUUCCGGCAGAAUGUAUCGGCCUUCUGA